AUGUCCGACACAAACAAAACCCCGCCUCCAGCACCCGUCCUCGCCAACAAAACCGGCGCCAGUGGAGCCGCCUGGUCAGACGCCGAGAAGAUUGCGUACCUCAUUGUGUUGUGCGAGAAUGAGGGCAAGGUCGAGGCCAAGAUCGCUCAAGCACCUAUUCCUGCCGGUCGCUCCGUUGUGUCGUGCAAGAAGCUGCUCUGGCGUUUGAAAGAGAAACACAAAGAUGAUAUUGAGAAGAUCAAGGCUGGGCUGCCGCUUGUGGGUGAUGCUGCUGCUGCUGCUCCUACUACUGAGGAGGGCGAGGUAACGAAGAAGAAGGGUGCAACGCCGAGGAAGAAACAGAGUGCAACGCAGAAGAAGAGGAAGAGUGGAGCUGAGGGUCAAGAUGGGGAUGAGGACGGAGAGGGCAGCCCGAAGAAGAAGGCGGUGAGGAAGAAGAAGGGAGAAAAGGAAGAGGUCAAGGUUGAGGAGGAAGUCAAGACUGAGGAGGAUGAGGGUUAAGGGAGAUGAGAUUGGAGGAUGACGGGUAAUGCCCUUUGAAUGUGGCGGUGAUGGCUAUGGACACAUUCGUGCAGGUUCUAUAUCUUCAUGGCGGCUUAGGACAUAUCCUCAUACGCUUUGCGGUAUGUCUUUGGGAUAGUUGAUCUUUUGGCUGGGGCUGCAGCUUAGAUACUACCAGGAUUAAAUUGACGGUCGUCGAGACAUAGCUUGACAGAGUCUUGACGUGUGACCUUGAUACGUUGUCAUUGACAUGACUUUCUAUAUUCCAUGACGUAACGUUGGUGGCCGGUCUCGAACAUGAAAACAUUGUUAUUAAAAAUUGCCAUCUGGAUAUAGCGACAUGCUG